GACGGGGUUUCACCAUGUUAGCCAGGAUGAUCUAGAUCUCCUGACCUCGUGAUCCGCCCACCUUGGCCUCCCAAAGUGCUGAGAUUACAGGCGUGAGCCACCGCACCCAGCCGCCCAUUUAUUUUUCAUAUAAUUAUGGAUACAAUUUAAGUCUACCAUCUUACUUGCUUUGUAAUAUUCCUAUCUAUUCUUUGUUCUUUUAUCCUCCUUUCUUGCUUUCUUCUUGAGUACUUAAAAAUUAUUCCAUUUUUAGUUUUAUUUUUAACUAUAACUCUUAUUUUAUAUUUUAAUGGUUAUUCUAGGGGUUAUAUUAUGUAUCCUUGACUCAUCACAAUCCUCUCUUACUGCCUACCCUCUCUGAGGUAUCACCUUAGUGCCAGGGGUUUUCAGUGAAGGUUCUUUACUCUGGCAGACUGAAAUUCCAAAAUCUUGUAGCCUUCCAUGAGCCCUCUGGCAGUUGCUGUUUUGGGACUUGGCAGUUCUAUCCUGCGUAUGUACAGUUUAAUAUUCAGCCAAGACUCAGAGAGAUUCCUGAAGUCCCUAUCUGCAGCUUCUUCCAUUCUGCUAUUCCCUUCCAUAAUUCAAACUAUCAAUUAUGGAUCUCCAUCUCAUCAGUUCAGCAAGGGUCUCAUGCUCUCCUUAGGCUCCCGCUCCAUGGACCACAGUCCUGAAAGUGCCUCCAGGCAUAAAGCUAGUGUGAUCAUAGGGCUUACCUUGUUUGUUUCCUUGCUAUAUGGCAUUAUUUUCUGAGUUGGCUGUUUGUUGUUCAAGGUCUGAAAAUAGCUGUUUCACAUAUUUUGUUUUAUAUUUGCUUUCUGCAAGAGGGCUAGUCCUAUAACAGUUACUUUAUCAAGACUUCUUAUCAAGCAGAAGUAAAGAAGUGACUUUAGAGCAUCCUCAAUUAGGUGCUACUACAUUUUCCCAUUUUUAUUUUUUUCUUAUAUUGGUAAUGUAGGGCUUUUUAAAGUAUCAACACAUUAGAAAAGAAUAAAAGUAACCUACCCAUAAUUCCAGUACCCAGGGUCAACCACUCUCAACAUUUUGGAAAUUUUUUUCUUCUAGUCUUUUCUGUGCAUUUUGAAAACAUAUAUUAGCAUUGGUCUCUAAGACAAUAGCAAAACCACUUUUGGUAAGUACCAAUGGGAGGUGAUUCUCAUUAUUAUUGAUAAUGAUAUUAAUAAUCAUUAUCUGUAGGAUCCAAAGGAAAUAGUAGUGAUCAUAUAGACCUAGACCACCAGAGAAGGGGAAAAAGAAAAUGACAGGUCCAACUAUUCUGGAGGCUGAGGUAGAAGGUUGGCUUGACCCCAGGAGUUUGAGGCUGUUGUGAGCUACAAUAGCACGGCUGCACUCCAGCCUGGGUGACAGAGCAAGACCCUGCCUCUAAAAAAAAAAAAAAAAAGAAAAGAAAGAAAGAGAAAAAGAAAAGGAAAAAAAGAAAUGACAGACAUUACUUUGGGGCUAACAGUGAUAUGUUCCUAAGAACAUGUAAGUUAUUCUCUGUGGCAUUUCAGAAAUAAUUGCAGGAGAAGAAGUGGUUCUUUGAAUAGGCUGUUUCACUAAUUUUGAUAACUCCAGUUAUAGCUAGAUAAAUAGAUACUGUGCACUUAUAUUGUUGAUAUUUUGCCCAUAUUGUGCCCCCUUUCACUGUUGCAGCUACAUAUAUUUGAAAACAUGCUGUAAGUAAAUUUUUGAGACUAAAUUUUGAGUAUGGGGCAAAUUUUUCCCUGCCACAUUCUAUUCAGAACUGGGUCAAAAUACAUGAAUAUUUAAGACUUUUACUGUAAUUGGCAAAAUUACUUUCCAGAAAGAGUAAUACAAAUUUCCUAACCACUUGCUUUUGCAAAUGUGUCCUGUUUUUGUACCUUCAUUAUACAGCUAAUUAAUUCUAUACUUGUUAAUUGUAUAAUUUGGGGACAGUAACUUAACCUUUCUGUGCCUCAGUUUCCUUAUCUUUAAGACAAAAUAGUAUUUUAAUUUACCUCAUAAUGUUAUUGGGAAGAUAUAAUAAUAUAAAACCCUAAAAUUAAUGCUGUUAUGGGUUCAAUGCUUAAUGAAUAUACUAGUUAUUUUUUGUUAAGGUUUUGGUGUUAAAAUCUUAGAUAAUUACGCAAGUGAAAAUUUAUCUUUCAUUGUUUUAAUUAUUGAGUUAUAAUAAUAUUGAAUAUUUUUCUUAUAUUUAGUAGCUAUUUGUAUUUCUUCUUUUAAAUAGUCUGUUCAUAUCUUUGGCCCAUUAUUUCUUGGACUUCACAAUUUUCAUAUAGCUUUAUACAAACUCUUAAUGUAAUCAGGUCAUUUAAUUUGACUUCUUUUCCUAUUUGGAUGCCUUUCAUUUUUUUCUCUUCUAGUACUACAUUGAAUAUGAGUGGUGAGAGUGGGUAUCCUUGUCUUGUUCCAGUUCUCAACCAGAAUGGUUCCAGCUUUUGCCCAUUCAGUAAGAUGUUGGCUGUGGGUUUGUUACUGAUAUACCAUCUUUCACCAGUCAGAAUGGCUUUCAUCAAAAAGUCAAGAAAUAACAUAUGAUGGUGAGGCUGCAGAAAAAAGGGAACACUAAUACGCUGUUAGUAGAAGGCAAAUUAGUGCAGCCACUGUGGAGAGCAGUUUGGGGACUUCUCAAGGAACUAAGAAUUAAAGUAAUAUUUGAUCCAACAAUCCCAUUGCUGUAUCAUACACCCAAAGGAAAAUAAAUCAUUCCACCAAAAAGACACACACAAUUAUAUGUUCAUCACAGCACUAUUCACAAUAAAAAAGACAUGGAAUCAACCCAGGUGCCCAUCAGUGGUGGACUGGAUAAAGAAAAUGUGGAACAUAUACACAAUGGAAUAUUAUGCAGCCAUGAAAAAGAAUGAAAUCAUGUUCUUCACAGCAACAUGAAUGCAGCUCAAAGCCAUUAUCCUAAGCGAACUAAUGCAGGAACAGGAAACCAAAUAUCACAUGUUCUCACUUGUAAGUAGGAGCUAAACAUUGGGUACACAUUGACAUAAAGGUGGGAACGACAGACACUGGGGAUGACUAGAGUGGGGAGAGGGGGUAAACGGCUGAAAAACUACUUCUUGGGUACUAUGCUCACUACUUAGGUGGCAGAUUGAUUUGUACACCAAACCUUAGCAUUUGUACUCCAAACUUUGUAACAAACCUGCACGUGUACCUUAAUUCUGAAAUAAAAGUUGAAGAAAAAUAAAAUUAUUUAAAUUUUUUUUCUGAUGUCUCUCUCCAACAUUUUUCUCAGUUUGUGGCUUAUCUUAUGAUACCAUUAUCUCACAGAAGUCUUUCCAUUUGUGUGGCAAAUUCUGCAUAUAUUUUUCUCCAUGGUUUCUUAGAAAGUAUUUGUGUUUUUCAAGUCUGGUCCUAUCCAAGUAUCACAACAAUUUUAACUUAUUUUUUCUUUUUGUAUUGCUUUAAUUUUAAUAUCUUAUUUCUUAAUCCAAAUAGUUUGGCCUUUAGCGUAGUAUAGCUAAGGCUUUACUUUUAAAUCCAGCAAAAGUCUGUUGCUUCUUAAUAGGUCAAAUUAAGUUUGAUUCCUGAAAACUGCUUCACAGUUUUGAAGUAUGUGUUAUAAUUAAAUAUGUCGUAUUUUAAAUAGUUAGUGGUAGAGUUUUCUGCAUACGGAUAGUCCUAACAGUAUAUACAGUCAUUUCCUAACAGUAUAUUUAUAGCCAGUUAGUAAAAUCCACAUGAACUCUAACAUCCUUACAUCAGAACUAGCCAAGAGGGCUUUCACAGUAUCAUACUUUAUCUAUUAAAAAGCGGCGCUGUGGAGAGAGGACUUGGAAAAUAACUAAGUUGGUUUAAAUUGCAACCAACUAAUAAUAAUAAAUAUAUACAUUUAUUGUUAAUUAGAACAAGCUGGAUAGCAAAGAGCUAGAAAUACUCAACUAGGUGUCAGUUUUAACAUGACCCUCUUCUACAAGACUUGAUGUCACAGACCCAAAAAAAUGUGUUCUUUUUUCUUGUGCCAAACAGGUAAACAGGCAAAAAUAUCAAUGGGAGAAGAAAACCAAACCUUUGUGUCCAAGUUUAUCUUCCUGGGUCUUUCACAGGACUUGCAGACCCAGAUCCUGCUAUUUAUCCUUUUCCUCAUCAUUUAUCUGCUGACCGUGCUUGGAAACCUGCUCAUCAUCAUUCUCAUCUUCCUGGAUUCUCGCCUUCACACUCCCAUGUAUUUUUUUCUUAGAAAUCUCUCCUUUGCAGAUCUCUGUUUCUCUACUAGCAUUGUCCCUCAAGUGUUGGUUCACUUCUUGGUAAAGAGGAAAACCAUUUCUUUUUAUGGGUGUAUGACACAGAUAAUUGUCUUUCUUCUGGUUGGGUGUACAGAGUGUGCGCUGCUGGCCGUGAUGUCCUAUGACCGGUAUGUGGCUGUCUGCAAGCCCCUGUACUACUCUACCAUCAUGACACAACGGGUGUGUCUCUGGCUGUCCUUCGGGUCCUGGGCCAGUGGGGCACUAGUGUCUUUAGUAGAUACCAGCUUUACUUUCCAUCUUCCCUACUGGGGACAGAAUAUAAUCAAUCACUACUUUUGUGAACCUCCUGCCCUCCUGAAGCUGGCUUCCACAGACACUUACAGCACAGAAAUGGCCAUCUUUUCAAUGGGCGUGGUAAUCCUCCUGGCCCCUGUCUCCCUGAUUCUUGGUUCCUAUUGGAAUAUUAUCUCCACUGUUAUCCAGAUGCAGUCUGGGGAAGGGAGACUCAAGGCUUUUUCCACCUGUGGCUCCCAUCUUAUUGUUGUUGUCCUCUUCUAUGGGUCAGGAAUAUUCACCUACAUGCGACCAAACUCCAAGACUACAAAAGAACUGGAUAAAAUGAUAUCUGUGUUCUAUACAGCAGUGACUCCAAUGUUGAACCCCAUAAUUUAUAGCUUGAGGAACAAAGAUGUCAAAGGGGCUCUCAGGAAACUAGUUGGGAGAAAGUGCUUCUCUCAUAGGCAGUGACCUCUGAGUCUGACUUUUAGAGCUAUGGUAACAUUCUUUAAAAAGGAGCAAGAUUUUAGUAGGCAAUUAUGAAUUAGGUUAUUUCAGGAAGAAGUGUGAAAAUGAACAUGUUCUAAAAACUGUGAAUACUACAAUCUAAACUAGAACAUAGGGAAAAAAUAAAAGCAUGAAAAGUUGGGUCAUUUCUUGAUUGUAAAAGGUGUUGGGUGCUACUGUGAGGAGUUUGUAGUUAAUUCAGCUGCCAUGGCAUGUUUUAAGCACAGUCACAAUUGAAUCUAGGAGGUUUCAACCAGAUUAUUCUGAAAUAACAGCUAAUACAAAUUGCAAGCAUAAUUCUAACAUCAAAGAUAUCUCAAGUUUGCAUGUCUUCAGCAUACAAACCUUAGAAUAGGCUCUGAUUAAAACAAUUAAAAUAUCUGUAAGAGUCUUUAAUACUGGGUUCAUUAGAUCCUAGAGCACUUCAGCUUGUGAAAAGGUACCAGAGGAAAUAAUACUUCCUAGUUCUUCAUGAUCUCUCCUGAAAACCCCCCAAAAUUUUAUAUAAUCACCUCAAAUUUUGUGUAAGCAUAGACUAUCAGAGUAAAAAGGGAAUUCAAUAGUAAAAUAAUCCAACCACAUAUCUGAGGCUUAAAUUAUUUCAUAAUAUCUCAUCAAAUAAUUGUUCAGCAUUUGCCUAACCAGGAAUGACACAGCUCCUUACUCGGGCCACUCUCUUUCAUAUAAAGGUAGUUUUUACUAUUAUAGAGAUCUUCCUCAUGAUAAGUCAAAAUCAGUUUUCCUGUAUCUUCAAUCUAGUUUCUCUAGUUUUAGUCCUAGAGCAAUUGUCAUUAUUCUUCAAUACUAGAACAUACUGAGGUCAAUUUCUGUAUUUGCCCAAAUUCAAUUGUCUCUGCCAACUGCCCACUAGUUUCUUUACAAUUUCUUUA